AACAAUUUCGGGCAGUGGAGGCGCUGAAGAAUCAGGUGCGGUGAUCCAUUGAGAUGCUGGCCACGGACAAGACCGCUGGGACCACCAAAUGGAACCAUACACACUCCUUGGGGGAGAACACGGUUCCACUGUUCGAACGAGAGCGGCGGCAAGACACUCAGCUUGUCCAACGCUUGCAAGCGGAAUUGACCGAAACAAAGCGGCUUCUUGAGACCCAGACGCGACGACAGAACGACUUGGAGUACGUGAACGAAGACUUGGAGCGUCGACUGGAGUACGAAGCGCGGGAGCGCAUCAACUUGGACGCGAUGAAGGCAGACGACGAGAAGCGGUGGGUGCAGGAACGAUUGCAUUUGGAAGAGGAGCGCAAGGUGUGGGAGCGUAAGUGGGACGACGAGUGCAAGCGAAGGGCCAUCGUGGAGGAGCGCUUACGCCGCGCCGAGAAGGAGUUAUAUCGCAUGCAUCAAAAGAAGUACGACAUCGAGAAGACCGUGCGCCGCGAAGAGAGCGAGAAGCGAAAGCACGAAGUGUACAUCGUCCGAUCGAUCGAAAAAGACAACAACAACUUGUAUCGACCACGCCAGUCCGGCGCUUCCUCCGCGCCGCCAUCGCAAGCUGCGUCGGCGGCGUCCUAUUUAUCCAUCGCACCUCCUCCUUCAUCAUCGUCCACAUCGAUGCUCAAUCCCAGGGAUGCCAAACCCGCCACCGUCCGCCAGCGCCAAGCCCUGAGCUCUGCCAUGGACUUCUUCGGCUUGUAACCAUCCAAUAUACCUUGUGUCUUCCA